CUCGUGUUUCUGAUUCUUCUUCUUUUAUCUCUCUGCGUUUAAUCACUCUCCUCUCUCUGCUCUCCGCCGACGUAUCGCAGUGCCGGCCACCAGGGCAAAGAAGAGGAAAACAACUCUCUCUUUAAGAAUGGCUCGCAAUGUAUCGGGGGCUUCAGAAUCUCCGGUGAGGCAAAGGCACUCUCCUCGCCGGAGAAGUCCAUCUAGAAGAGAAGAAGAAUCUUCGGGUUUGCGAGAUCGUAGCUCUAGGUCUCCUUCACCACGGACAAAGAGAUUGAGAAGAGCUCAAGGUGAAAGGGAGGCUGGAAGAAGUAGGGAGAGAGAAGACGAGAAGCAUAACAGCAGAGGAAGGGAGAAGAGCAGCAGUAGGGAAGUAGAAAAGGAAAGGGAUAGAGGAAAACGAAGAGAGCAGGAUAUAAGAGAUAGAGACAGGGAGAGAAGAAGAGACGGAGAGAAGGAGAAGACGAGGGACAUAAAAGAUAGGGAAGUUGGGGAUAUGAGAAGACGCUCAGGGAGAGAGGAGAACGAGGAAAGGAAAAGGGCAGGAACAGACGAUGAGAGACAACCUAGAGGAAGACGUGAGAGGUCUAUUUCACCGUUAGAUAGGAGCCACAAGAGCAGGCGUUCACCAGAGAGUGCUACUGCGUCAAGAGGGAGCGGCCAGGAACCCAAUGAUGAAGAAGAUUCGAUUGCGAGAAUGAGAGCAGCUGAAGAAGCUCUGGCAGCGAAGACGAAAAAGGAAGAACCAUCUUUUGAGCUAUCAGGGAAACUUGCGGAAGAAACCAACAGAUACAGAGGUAUCACACUCCUCUUCAGUGAGCCACCAGAGGCUAGAAAACCAACCCAAAGAUGGAGACUUUAUGUUUUCAAGGAUGGUGAACCACUGAAUGAGCCACUCCAGCUCCAUCGCCAAAGUUGCUAUCUAUUUGGACGUGAGAGAAGAAUCGCUGACAUUCCUACUGAUCACCCAUCUUGCAGCAAGCAGCAUGCUGUUAUUCAGUACAGGGAAGUGGAAAAGGAGAAACCAGAUGGUAUGAUGGGGAAGGAAGUGAGGCCUUACAUUAUGGAUCUUGGCAGUACCAAUAAGACUUACAUUAAUGAAAGUCCUAUUGAACCAGAACGCUACUAUGAGCUUUUCGAGAAAGAUACCAUCAAGUUUGGUAACAGCAGCCGUGAGUACGUACUAUUGCACGAGAAUUCUGCUUAGUGAAUGAAAUCAGAGACACGCAGCAAGGAGAGCGCUUUAUCUUAGGGAUUUAAAAGAUAGUUUUAGCAGCUUCGUUUCUGCUUUCCUCAAAGACUGUGUGCUGGUGACAAUCUCGAUAUUAUUGUUAAUAACAUUUAGAAAGCAUUUGCUAACUUAGACAUGUCUCCCGAUCUAAUGUUGAAUUUUCGAGAGAUGGUAAUUUCUCUUUUUGGUUUUGUAAGGUGACCCUUUGCUAAGAGAAAAAGGUUGGCUUUUGGGUAA